AGGGCCCAUCCCUUCCGCAUCAGGGCAAAGACAACACAUCCGAUGUGAGAAGAUCCCAUCGGAAGGGGUGACUGAGUCCGCCAUCAGACGCUCCUUGCACGGCACGAAAUGCCACCCCACAUGGAGUACUUCUCCCACGAGUCCCGCGUCUCCUCCGGUUGCGGGCUAACCCGGGAGGACGAGCUGGAGCCCGGCGUCAUCAGCUGCAUGCUGGUCGGAGAUGGAGCCGUGGGCAAGACCAGCAUGAUCGUUAGCUACACCUCCAAUGGCUACCCGGUGGACUACCAGCAGACCGGCUUUGACGUCUUUUCCGGUCAGGUACAAGUUGAUGGAUCCCCGGUCAGAGUUCAGCUUGUGGACACAGCAGGACAGGAAGAGUUUGACGAGUUCAGGUCGCUGUCCUACUCCCACACGGACGUCUUCCUCCUGUGUUUCAGCAUGGUCAACCCCGCCUCCUUCCACAACAUCACCAAAAAGUGGGUCCCCGAGAUCCGCGCCUCUAACCCCGCCUCGCCCAUCAUCCUCGUCGGGACCCAGUCGGACCUCCUCCUGGACGUCAACGUCCUCAUCAGCCUGGACCGAUCCAACGUCAAGCCCGUGGCCAGCGGGCGGGCGCAGAGCAUGGCGGAGAAGAUCCGGGCGGCUGACUACAUCGAGUGCUCCUCGCUCACGCAGAAGAACCUAAAGGAGGCGUUCGACGCGGCCAUCUUUGCCGCCAUCAAGAGCAAGGCCCGCCAGGCCAAGAAGAGGAGGUCGUCGGACAGGCGCAGCAAGGCUUUCUCCAGGUGCAGUUGGAAGAAGUUCUUCUGCUUCGUCUGAGCGUCGGACUGUCCACCCUGUGGGUCGUGGACGCAACUUUUUAAUUUAUUCACAGCUUGUAGACGUUUCUCCUGAACGGAAAUGACUUCAAAGCACCGGGAGAAUGUUCUGUAGCUCCACCCUGGCCCGUGGUCUUGUUUACAUUGUUGACUGGUUUACAUGCAGAGUGUAGUCCGGCCACCACUGCAUGCAAAUGACGUCACUUUGCAUGCCUGCGUGGCGAAACACAGGGCGUCGUGCUUGAGUUUCAUCGCACGCUCAGAAGCGCUCUCGUUGUUUUCGUCUAUUUCAAAUGCGUCAGCCGCCAAGUCAAGUCAGGUUGCGGUGCAAGGUGCCACAUUCCUACGGGCUGGUAAUUAUCUCACGGGGACUUUUUGCAUUGUUGUGUAAGGAACGCGUGUGUACCUUUUGUCUUACAUGUCCGGAGGAAUAAACUAACUUUUGUUUCAGGUUAAAGGUCGGAGGAGACCACUCACCCUUUGACGUUCAGCCUCCUGUCCAGAUUGUAGCUCAGUGUGUAGCAUUUAAAACUGCGGCUCUGCUGCCCCACAAAGCAGAGAAAGGACAGUGAGAGUCGGCAUGAACUCAGUCAGGCAGACCCAUGCUGCAAAAGCGACAAAAACAGCACUAAAAAUGAUUUGUGUAAGCAAUACACUUGCUAUCGGGUAAGAAAAAAUGUGGUGGGGCACUGCCCCUAAUGCAAACAUUGUGGGACAUCUAUGCAAUUUCCACGUGUAUAUCAUUCAGAUUACGCUUCUUGUGGAAGUCAGCUGAGUGCAUUCUGUUUGUUUAAAAACAGUUUUUCUAUCACUUAUCUGCUAUCAUGCCUCACUCGCCUCGAGCCCGUGUGUCUUCUUUCCAUGUCAGAGUGAUGGGACGCAAAUAAAUGAAGUGCAAAUUACCUCCCCUGUGUUACGUAUAUUUUUAGACUGUACAAUUCGCAGUCGUCUGGUAGGAGAACUUUACAUUCAAGGAAGACUUUUUUUUUGAGGCAGCGAGUUCUGCUCUCCACGGGGAUCCGAGAUAAUCCCCAUCGCCCCAACAGGCACCUUUCCUGAACCGUCUCCCGCUCCAAGCAUAUGAUAAUUAACCCGGGGGGGGGUUGUCCAGCCUUUCUAAUGGCGGCGCCAUGCUGGGACUGCUUUUUGUGUCACUUUGAAA